CCCAGCCCCGGCAGCCGGCCCGAGCAGCGCCAUGGCGGAGCAGGUGGCCCUGCUAAUUGGGGGCCUCGCUGGGGGGCUGCUGCUGCUGCUGCUACUGAUCUGGGUAAGCUGCUGUCUCUGGAAGAGGCUUCGUGCCACGAUCGCCUACGAGGAGCUGCUGGGGACCACAGCUGCAUCCGGCACACAAGGGGACAAGCUCUGCCCGCCACACGCCGGGGCCCAGACAAGCAGGCCACCAGGUGUGCCAUUCGUGGUGCCCCCUUCCCUCCAAGACCGAGACUGGGUACCCCUGCACAGUGGAGAGCGGGCUCAGAUCCCACGGGACCCCUGCCCAGCCCCGGAGCCCCUGCCGCACACCUCCAGCAGCAUCCUUGGCACGGUGGGGACCGUCAACCCAGAGCUAUACAAGACCCUAGAGGACACGAGUGAGACAGACUUCCCCGAGGGUUGCCUGGGCCGUCUGUGGUUCUCUGUGGAAUACCAGCAGGAGGCCGAGCGGCUGCUGGUGGGCUUGAUCAAGGCGCGGAGGCUGCAAGGCCCCUCGGAGACCUGCAGCCCCCUGGUGAAGCUCCACCUGCUGCCCGAUGAGCGCCGCUUCCUCCAGUCCAAGGCCAAGCGCAAAACCCCCAACCCGCAGUUUGAUGAGCACUUUGUCUUCCAGGUGUCCAGCAAGAGCGUCACUCAGAGGGUACUCAGGUUCUCCGUGUACCACGUGGACAGACAGAGGAAGCACCAGCUCCUGGGCCAGGUGUUCUUUCCCCUGAAAAAUGAGACCCUCGCAGGUGACUGCCGGCGUCUCAUCUGGAGAGACCUGGAGGCUGAGAGCCUGGAGCCUCCCUCCGAGUUCGGAGACCUGCAGUUCUGCCUCAGCUACAACGACUGCCUGCACCGCCUGACCGUGGUUGUGCUGCGAGCCAAGGGCCUCCAGCUCCAGGAGGACACGAGCUUUGUCAGUAUGUUUGUCAAAGUCUCUCUGAUGAACCACAACAAGUUUGUCAAAUGCAAGAAGACUUCGGCUGUCCUGGGCUCCGCCAACCCUGUGUACAGCGAGACUUUCAGCUUCAAGGCCGACCCCGCUGAGCUGGACACUGCCAGCCUCAGCCUGACAGUGCUGCAGGGCGCUGAAGGGGAGAAGAGCCACGCGCUGGGCCGGGUGGUGGUGGGCCCCUACAUGUAUGCCCGGGGCAAGCAGCUGGAGCACUGGAACGAGAUGCUCAGCAAGCCCAAGGAGCUGGUGAAGCGCUGGCAAGCACUCUGUCGCACCACUGAGCCCUGACUCGCCUCGCAACCUCAGGUCCUCGUCAGGAGCCCGCACUCCCCCGUGGCAGCCACGGGCCUGGACACUCCAGCCAGCAUCUCGCUGGGCUGCGGGGCCAGCCAGAGCCGGGGGACUGUGAGUGCCGAUGUGCAGGAGAAAAGGGACAGGAGAGCCCCAGCCAGCUCGGCAGCAUGGCAGGCUGCUGCCCACCAGCCUUGGGGACCCUCCCGGCACCCGCCAUCCUCCUCUACCCAUGGGGCUGCCUGGGCUCCAAAUCCCAGCCCCUAGGCAUCACAGUCCCGAUUUGGACUGGAAUCUCAGGCAUUCGGGAGCAAUACUCUAUUCAGCGACAGCAGAGUUCUGUGCGCUCACUGGAAACGUGGGCUCCAUGCAUCGUGGAAAGCUGAUGGCCUGUUGAUGUAUCAGCUGUAUUAGCUUUGAUUUCUCUACCUUCUGCCCAGCAGAGAGCACAAACUGCAUUGGGAAAAUAAUGGGAUGCAAGGGGUGCCCAAAGCACUGAUUUCAGUUCACCCACAAUAAAUAGCACAGGCUGAGAGUUGGGCUGGGCACAUUGGUGUGGAACAGCCCCAGGAUGCCUGGGCAGCGCCGCGUGCCCACAGCGCGGGAGAGGAAGCUCUCAGGGACCAAGACUCGCUGGCUUUAAGACCUGGGAAAUAACACUGGGAGCAGCCCACCCAGGUACCAAGUGGUGGACGGGUUCUCGGCAUCUACUCCCUGUGCCGGGGAGUAGGCCCUCACCUGUGUGUUAGGUCCCUCCCAGGGCUGUGUCAGACCGUGGCCCACACCAUGCCACAUCUUGCCCAUGGUCCAAGCCUCAUGCCCCUGGUCUUAUGGGUGUUUUGCUGGUUUCUGUGGUCUCCCUGGAUGGCAGCAUUCAGCUCCUUGGGGCUCUUGCUUUAGGCAGGAAAUGGUGAAAGCAUGUGGCAGAAGCGUAGCCCGCAGGGCUGAGAGCUUUACCUGUAAACCUAGCGAUUUCAUUACGGGGACUGUGUUGUGGCAGGUGUCCAUGUGACAUGAAGAUGGAAGUUCCCACAAAUCACAGUCAUCAAAUCCCCAUGAAGUUGUACUCGAGGUAAUGAGCGGUCACUGCACCUGACGCUGUUGCUUAACAGGCAGCCUGUA